AUGAAGGCCAUCCGCUGCACACUGGUAAACUGCACAUGUGAAUGUUUCCAGCCUGGGAAGAUUAACCUGCGCACCUGUGACCAGUGUAAACAUGGCUGGGUGGCACAUGCGCUGGACAAGCUCAGCACCCAACACCUGUACCACCCGACGCAGGUGGAGAUCGUGCAGUCCAACGUUGUGUUUGACAUCAGCAGCCUGAUGCUGUACGGCACGCAGGCGGUGCCUGUGCGCCUCAAGAUCCUGCUGGACCGGCUCUUCAGCGUGCUCAAACAGGAAGAGGUGCUGCACAUCCUGCACGGCCUGGGCUGGACGCUGCGGGACUACGUCCGGGGAUACAUCCUUCAGGUCAGUCACCGGCCACUCACUUUUCAUAUUCAGGACUCGAAAAGGAUUCCCUUUACCAAAUCAUCUUGAGUGCCACUAUAAUUGCCAACAGUUCUG